ACUCAGCAUUAUGGUCGAUAAUAUGCUCGAGUGCUUGGCAGCUCCAAUUAUAUUUAUUUAUCAGUUAUUUGCAUACGUUCGUUUAAUAAAUCCCAUGAUGCGUGAAGCCAUUUUGCUUGUCAUUCACAAUUUUUCGAUGUACUAUAUUAUAAAUUGCUUUAAGCAUUUGCUGCAAACUUCAAUAAACUCUUCUGGACCAGUAAAUACAUUUUAUUACGUGCCCCUAGUCUAUGAAGCUCCUGCUGUUCGUAGCACCUACGAAGAUGUUCACGUUGUGUUAAGGUCCACAAGUUGGCAUUUUCUUGAGACACUUUUCAGGCAUCAUUUGGCUCUGUUGCUGCCCUUUAUAAUGGCUCUAUCAGUGCCACGCUGCAAGCUGGUUUAUGUGAGCAGCCUGGUUAUUCUGUCAAACUUCACAAUGUGCAUGUGCUUCAUCUACUCCAUGUGGAAGUGGCUCGCCUUGAGCGGUUUCUCGGCAACCUUUCAACUGUUGCCCAUCGUGUUAAUGGGUCCCGUUCUGCAGCUGCUGCUCAUGGUUCGAUUCACGGGGCUUAUGAUGCUCAACCUAUGGACUGUUGUCUGAGGCAUGAAAUUGACUGUUCCAAGGGAACGAAGAUGCCGGCGAGGGAUUUGGAAAAGGGGCGAGAAAAGCAAUGCAAAAGUUUGGCAUCAAAUCAAACCAAUAAACUAACAAAACUGAGCAACUUCGGGCACUUGCACAAACCAGAAACACUUUCACUGCACACAACUGCCAAACUGCAGGCAUUUAUGACAGUCGCCCUUACUCGGAAGGAUUUUGGGGUGU